UAUAAAUAGGGAAAGACCCGACAGAAAGGGCACAGUAUCGAGUGCAACAUCGAAGCAUCCUCAUCUUCUGGGAUAUUUAGUACAAAUCGAAUUCAGUUUAACAUGAAAUUCUUGGUGAUCGUUUUUGUGGCCCUCAUCGCCUUUGCUAACGCGCUGCCUCAAUUUGGCGGAUUCGGCGGAUACGGCGGAUACGGCGGAUUCGGCGGAUUCGGUGGCCAGCAGCAGCAGCAAGAAGGAUUUGGAGGAUUCGGAGGAUUCGGACAGCAACAGCAGCAGGAAAGCUUGGGAGGAUUUGGAGGACUCGAGCAGCAGCAGCAGCAGCAAUCAAUCUUCUUCUAAGCAUAUUAUUUUAGUACGACACCUAGGAACUAAAAUAAAUUAUUUCAUCUUUUAAAAUA